UUAAAACUUAAAAAUAGUAAAGGCGGUACGAUACGGAUAGACUCUACCCAUAUUAUCAAUUUAACAUGGAAACGGGAGAUUUUAAAAUAUUUCAGGAUAAAAAGCGAAAGAGUCUUGAUACAUUAGAAAAGAUAAACAUAGAACCAUCAUAUAAAAAAUCACAGUUUUCUCUUGCAUCAAAUUCAUAUCAGCAUUCAAAUGAUUUGAGAAAAAUAUAUAUACCCUCUCAUCGAUAUACACCAUUGAAAGAAAAUUGGAAAAAAAUAUAUGUUCCCAUAGUUGAACAAUUAAAAUUGCAAAUACGUUUUAAUCUUAAAACUAGGAAUGUUGAAAUGAAAGCAAGUCAACAUACAGAAGAUAUUAGCUCUCUUCAAAAAGGUGCAGAUUUUAUUAAAGCGUUUGCUCUAGGAUUUGAUGUUGAAGAUGCAUUGGCCCUGGUUAGAAUGGAUGAAUUGUUUUUAGAGUCAUUUGAAAUUCAAGAUGUCAAACCAUUAAAGGGGGAUCAUUUGAGUCGUGCUAUUGGUAGGAUAGCAGGAAAGCAUGGCAAAACAAAAUUUACUAUUGAAAAUGUCACAAAAACUAGAAUAGUUUUGGCUGAAAACAAAAUUCAUAUUCUAGGCUCAUUUCAAAAUAUACGCACAGCAAGAACAACAUUAUGCAAUUUAAUUCUAGGCAGUCCUGCUAAUAAAGUUUAUGGUAAUAUGCGAUCAAUUGCGGCAAGACUUUCUGAAAGAUAUUAAAUUUGUACUAUUAUUAUGAUAUAGAACAUAAUAAAAUGUGUGAUUAUAUGAAUGAUUUAAAAUUUGUUUAAUUUUACUCUGAAACUAAUAUAUUAUGAUAGAAUGCGGAUC